CAUCAUCAUGGCACGGUUGAGAUGGGGAAACACGAGCUAGAGUGAAAACGUAACGUGAUUGUCAGCGAGCUCCUUGUUAGUACAGUGCUGUUGUUGAAGUCUUUUUGGGUCCAAACGUUAUUUCCUUAUUUAUGUAAGGUUGUGAGAUACUUGGAAUAAAUGUCCACUCCAACAGACCCUUCAGGUGGUAUGCCUCAUCCUGGCCCUUCUCCUGGUCCAGGGCCCUCCCCCGGGCCAAUUUUAGGUCCCAGUCCUGGACCAGGCCCUUCACCAGGGUCAGUCCAUAGUAUGACUGGACCAAGUCCAGGGCCACCCAGCGUUACUCACUCAAUGGCAAACCAAGGAACAGGUGAAUACUCUCAGGAGAGUAUUCACCAAAUUCACAAGCCUAUGGAUGGCAUGCAUGAGAAAGGAAUGGGAGAAGAAAUGCACUUUGGUCAAAUGAAGGGAAUAGGAAUGAGAUCACUUCAUACUGGAAUGGGGCCUCCACAGAGUCCAAUGGAUCAACAUAGUCAAGGUUACCUGUCCCCUCAUCCAUCACCCAUGGGUAUACCUGAACAUGCUUCAAGUCCAAUGUCAGGUGGUGGACCUACACCGCCUCAUAUUCCACCCGUUCAGUCUGGAACUAUAAUGCCAGUUGAUUCACAGGGAAUGACCCAACAGAGCCGAGGCCCUUCUCCUUUUAGUCCCGUUCAACUUCAACAACUCAGAGCUCAAAUCCUUGCUUACAAAAUUUUGGGUAGAGGGCAGCCCUUGCCAGACAAUUUGCAACUUGCAGUACAAGGGAAGAGAAGUCUGCCUGCUAUACCUCAGCAGCAAGUCAACACAGCAUACAACAGAACACCAGGUAUUGCAAUGCAUCCCAUGAGUGGACCAUCUGCAGUACCAUCUGCAGCUCCAGGAAUGCCAGGACAUACCCCAACCAUGGGUCCUAAACCUUGGGCUGAAGGCCAAAAUAUGGAUGUACCAAGUACGCCCCAGAAGCUUGCAGUACCGCCACCAAGUGGAAGGCCAUCUCCUGCACCUGCUCAGGCACCUAGUACUACUCCAGCUGUUCCAGGACCAUCACUGCAACACCAAGCUCCAACACAGUCUUCUGCUAUAAUUCAACUACAGCAGAAGCAGAACCGUAUCACACCCCUUCAGAAACCUCAAGGUUUGGACCCAGUGGAAAUACUGCAAGAACGAGAGUACAGACUUCAGGCUCGGAUAGCUCACAGAAUCCAGGAGCUUGAGAAUUUACCUGGGUCUUUACCUCCAGACCUGCGCACAAAAGCUACUGUGGAACUAAAGGCACUGAGGCUUCUUAAUUUCCAGCGACAGUUACGACAAGAAGUGGUGGCUUGUAUGCGUCGGGACACAACUUUGGAGACUGCCCUUAACUCAAAGGCGUACAAACGCAGCAAACGGCAAACACUAAGAGAGGCUCGAAUGACAGAGAAACUGGAGAAACAACAGAAAAUUGAACAAGAAAGAAAACGUCGACAGAAGCAUCAGGAAUAUCUAAACAGCAUCCUGCAACAUGCAAAGGACUUUAAAGAAUACCAUCGUUCAGUUACAGGCAAAAUUCAAAAGCUCUCCAAGGCAGUUGCUACUUGGCAUACCAACACAGAGAGAGAGCAGAAAAAAGAAACGGAGCGAAUAGAAAAAGAAAGAAUGAGGAGACUAAUGGCAGAAGAUGAAGAAGGCUACCGUAAAUUGAUUGAUCAAAAGAAAGACAAACGCUUGGCAUACCUCUUGCAACAGACAGAUGAGUAUGUUGCUAAUCUUACUGAUCUUGUAUAUGAACAUAAGGCAGCACAGGCAGCUAAAGAAAAGAAGAAAAAGAGAAAAAAGAAGAAGAAGCCUGAGGAAAUUGCAGAAGGAAUGUCUACAGGUCUAGGCCCUGAUGGAGAGCCAAUAGAUGAAAGCAGUCAGAUGAGUGAACUUCCAGUUAAAGUUAUCCAGACUGAAACUGGCAAAGUACUACAGGGAACAGACGCACCUAAGUCCAGUCAGUUAGAAGCUUGGCUUGAAAUGAACCCUGGAUAUGAAGUUGCCCCAAGAUCAGACAGUGAAGAAAGUGGAUCUGAAUUUGAGGAAGAGGAUGAAGAUGAAGAACAAUCUAGACCAGAAUCUGAGGAGAAGAAGAUUAUUGAUCCUAACAGUGAUGAAGUUUCAGAGAAUGCUGCAAAACAUAUAAUUGAGUCAGCCAAACAGGAUGUUGAUGAUGAAUACAGCAUGCAGACUGGAGAAAGAGGUGCACAGUCCUACUAUGGAGUUGCUCAUGCAGUUACUGAAAGGGUGGAAAAACAAUCAAGUCUUCUGAUUAAUGGAUCUUUGAAGCACUAUCAGCUGCAAGGAUUAGAGUGGAUGGUGUCUUUAUAUAAUAACAAUCUCAAUGGAAUCCUUGCUGAUGAGAUGGGUCUUGGAAAGACAAUACAGACUAUUGCUUUAAUCACGUAUUUAAUGGAGCACAAGAGACUCAAUGGACCAUACCUUAUUAUAGUUCCAUUAUCGACAUUGUCUAAUUGGGUUUAUGAACUGGAUAAGUGGGCUCCUUCCAUUGUCAAGAUAGCCUACAAGGGGACACCGGCCAUGAGACGUUCCCUCCUGGCACAGCUUCGUGGUGGUAAAUUUAAUGUUUUGUUGACCACAUAUGAGUACAUCAUUAAGGAUAAACACAUUCUUGCAAAGAUACGGUGGAAGUACAUGAUAGUCGAUGAGGGUCAUCGCAUGAAGAAUCACCACUGUAAACUUACACAAGUGCUGAACACUCAUUAUGUGGCACCCAGACGUCUUCUACUUACAGGAACUCCCUUGCAAAAUAAGCUGCCUGAACUUUGGGCUCUUCUGAAUUUUUUGCUACCUACCAUCUUUAAAAGUUGUAGUACCUUUGAACAGUGGUUCAAUGCACCAUUUGCAAUGACUGGAGAAAGGGUUGAUUUGAAUGAGGAAGAGACCAUUCUAAUUAUACGACGUCUUCACAAGGUUUUGAGGCCUUUUCUUCUUAGAAGAUUGAAAAAAGAAGUUGAAUCCCAGUUGCCAGAAAAGGUGGAGUAUGUGGUUAAAUGUGACAUGUCAGCAAUACAGAAAAUAUUAUAUAGACACAUGCAAGCAAAAGGAAUUCUUCUUACUGAUGGAUCAGAGAAGGACAAAAAGGGUAAAGGAGGAGCUAAAACUCUCAUGAACACCAUCAUGCAACUAAGAAAAAUUUGCAAUCACCCAUUUAUGUUUCAGCAUAUUGAGGAGUCAUUUGCAGAGCAUUUGGAGUAUCCUAAUGGUAUCAUAAAUGGACCACACCUUUACCGAGCCUCUGGAAAAUUUGAGCUUCUAGAUCGCAUUUUGCCAAAACUCAGAGCAACAGGACACAGAGUUCUUCUUUUUUGCCAAAUGACUUCAUUGAUGACAAUUAUGGAAGAUUAUUUUGUUUUCCGUAGCUUUUUGUACCUCCGGUUAGAUGGCACUACAAAAUCUGAAGACCGUGCUAUGUUAUUGAAGAAGUUUAAUGAACCAAAUUCACAGUACUUCAUUUUCCUGUUGAGCACCAGGGCUGGAGGUCUGGGUUUGAACCUUCAGGCUGCUGACACUGUUGUAAUAUUUGACAGUGACUGGAACCCACAUCAGGAUUUGCAGGCUCAGGAUAGGGCUCACCGUAUUGGGCAACAGAAUGAGGUGAGAGUGCUGCGUCUCUGUACUGUCAACAGCGUGGAAGAGAAGAUCUUGGCUGCAGCAAAGUAUAAACUUAAUGUUGAUCAAAAAGUCAUACAAGCUGGCAUGUUUGACCAGAAGUCUUCAAGCCAUGAGAGAAGAGCCUUUCUUCAAGCAAUUUUAGAGCAUGAGGAACAAAAUGAGGAAGAAGAUGAAGUUCCAGACGACGAAACCCUCAAUCAGAUGAUUGCUAGAAAUGAAGAGGAGUUUGAUCUGUUUAUGCGUAUGGAUCUUGAUCGUCGUCGGGAGGAGGCUCGCAACCCAAAUAGGAAGCCUCGUUUAAUGGAAGAAGAUGAACUGCCUUCUUGGAUUAUUAAAGAUGAUGCAGAAGUAGAAAGACUUACAUGUGAAGAAGAAGAAGAAAAAAUAUUUGGGAGGGGUUCUCGUCACCGUAGGGAUGUGGAUUAUAGUGAUGCUCUCACAGAAAAACAGUGGCUAAGGGCCAUCGAAGACGGAAAUUUGGAGGAAAUGGAAGAGGAAAUCCGUCUUAAGAAACGGAAGCGUAGGCGACAUGUCGAUAAAGAUUCUGGAAAAGAAGAUGGAGAGAAAAUGAAAAAGAGACGGGGUCGUCCACCUGCUGAAAAGCUUUCUCCCAAUCCACCUAGGUUGACAAAGCAAAUGAAUGCCAUUGUGGAAACUGUUAUAAAUUAUAAAGACAGCUCUGGUCGUCAGCUAAGUGAAGUGUUUAUUCAGCUACCAUCUAGAAAAGAGCUUCCAGAGUAUUAUGAGUUGAUCAGAAAACCUGUGGACUUCAAGAAAAUAAAAGAACGAGUACGUAACCACAAAUAUAGAAGUUUGGGAGACUUAGAAAAGGAUGUCAUGCUUCUUUGUCACAAUGCUCAGACUUUCAACUUGGAAGGAUCACAGAUCUAUGAGGAUUCUAUUGUUCUUCAGUCAGUUUUUAAAAGUGCAAGACAGAAAAUCGCUAAAGAUGAGGAGAGUGAAGAGGAGAGUAUGGAUGAAGAUGAUGAAGAAGAUGAAGAAUCAGAAUCAGAGUCAAAAUCAGUAAAGGUGAAAAUUAAGUUGAAUAAGAAAGAUGAUAAGCGGCAAGACAAGGGCAAGAAACGGCAGAGUCGAGGCAAAGCAAAACCAGUUGUCAGUGAUGAUGACAGUGAAGAAGACCAAGAUGAAAAUGACCAGUCAGAAGUAAGUGGAAGUGAUGAUGAGUAAAAUGAAAAAAAAACAUUAAAAAAACAGCCUGAUGUAGAUAUUUUUUAUUUGUUACAUUUCUUAAAAUACUAUGUGCAGCCCACCUCAUCAUUUUUAAAUAUAAAACUUUUUGUGUGUACUAUUAAGCUCAAGAAUCCCUUAUUUGUUAUCUUAUUGUUGAAAUUUGUGUAAUAGCUAGAGGCCUGCUUAGCCUGUAAUAUCAAGCUGUUUGAUUGUGUACCCUGUGCAUGUUCUCCAUAUUAACACACGGGAAAAGGUUUUGACCAUUGUAACUGUAAAUACUUUGAUUUUUAUGCAAGAAAUUGUUUUGGUGUAAACUGACAUGAAAAAAUUAAACUGUUUUUAGAUUUGCCUAAAGAGUGGUAUAAUCUUUGCAAAAGAGAGGGUCAAAUAUAGGGUAGGAGAACUUAAUUUUAACGGCUGUACAGUAGUUGCAGCAUGGAAUUUUGGUUAAAGCAAGUUGCAGUAAGUAUGGCUGUCUUGCACCCUUUUGAAUCCAGGCAAAAAUACUUGAGAAAUGUUAGUACUGAUGCAUUAAAAUAAAUACUAGCCCAAGACAAACGUGUAUUUACGUUCCAGAAUUAAUCUUCAGUAUGAUUCUUAUAUUUUUGUGUAUCUUUUUUUUUUUUUUUUUUAAAUCUGAUAUGUCAGUGCGGCCAAUGAGCUACAGUAAAUUGUUCAUCAAAAACAUAGUGUUCUUUUAGAUCCUCGUUCCAGAUUUUGUAGUAAUUAAGCUGCAUUACUAUACCAAAUAUUUUCAAGUAAAGACAGUUGUAUUUGAUUCCAUCUACCAGGAAAUGAGAUCCUUAAUUUUUUUCUCUGUACUUGUUAGAUGGUGGGGAAGGCAUAAGUAAGAAAUGGCCUCUAAUAUUUGUUUGUUCUUCUUUGGCCAUGCAACUAUUGAUAUUUUUAUACUCUGAUUGAAAAUAUGACUUUCUUAAAUGUUUGAAAUAAUUAUUUUCUUUCUUAUAUCUUUACGCUUUUUGAGCUUAAAUGACUUUUCAAAGACAAAAAUGGCUUUUUUUCAUUGUUGAUUCACAUUACAUUUACUUCCACUAAUGUUCCUUUAUAUGUUACACACAAGAAAAUUGUUACCUUAAAUAUCUCAUCUUCUGGAUGUGAAGACAGAGGCAGCUACAUCCUAAAUCUGCAGCUCAUGAAGAAAUGUUUUGUGUCGUCAGUGCUGUUAAUCACCUUUUCCUAAAGUGUACUUAAUCUGCUUUCUUUGCACAACGUCUUUGGUUGUAACUCAUAGCCUAAGGCAAAUAAAACUUCAUCAGUUUCCA